AUGGCAUGUGAAAAUCAACAAGAACUUGUCCGCCAGAAAAACAUGAAGAAAACCCAGGAAAUUAGCAAGGGAAAAAGAAAAGAGGAUAGCUUGACUACCUCUCAGAGAAAGCAGAGGGACUCUGAGCUCAUGCAACAAAAGCAGAAGGCAGCUAAUCAGAAGCAGUCUAUGCAUACAAGAGAAAAAUGAUGACUGGCUAUUUGGAAAACCUUGGUGCUACUGCCAACUGGAUGUAUCAUAAGCUCUAAGAUCAAGAUUUUGUACAGUGGACGGUCAUUACAUAUGUUUUAACAUCCUUUAAAAACUAUUUUGAACUUUAUCUUUCAGUUUGACUCAGUGCAAUGUUUUACAAGCAAUCUUCAAAGAAUAAAAUACUACGUGCAUGUG